AUGACCGACGAGGAGGAUGCCAGUUUUCUUGAGACUGAUUUGUCGUUCAUGGAGGACGGUUUGGAAAAUAAGUCAAGUUCAACAGAGGAUAUCAAAUCACAAAAAGAUGACCGCGCCUAUGAAACUUAUCAUUGUUUAGGGGACGGCACUGAUGUUCCCGCAGCUCCUGAAAAAGCUAAGAAAACAAACACAGACUCAUCUAUUGUUUGGGUGAAGGCCCACAAAACUCAGCGCUGCUAUCAUGUUGAAUACAAGCUGUUGCCAGGUGAUACAGAGACAAUCAAAGUGGAUCUGCUAGUGUUUGGGCCAGUCGCAAAAAUGUGCAAAGAUGAUGAGUUCAAGAUCCUGAGAACAUGGCAUGAAGGAGAGCAGACCUGGGUUGGUUGGACCCACAGUAUCAACGUCAGAGUCAACAGGGACAUGUUGAUCGGUCUACUCCGCCAUAAGAUCGAGCUGCAGAUAUGGACCAGUAAGGACAAACUGUCCAGCCAGGCUCGUCAUGAGAGACUGAAAGCCUGUAGACUGUCACAAGAUCAGCCUGAGGAUGCAACGCACACAUGUGAUGACACCAAGUCCAUGGUGAACAAGCUGAGAGCCCUCUGUGAGAAGACGUCAAACACAUCUAUGAAACACAAAUUCAAUAUGUCAUUUAAGUCAAAUUCAGAUGUGGGCUCAGAAACUGAAAAGAACUUGGCAGCUUUUCAAAAACCCAAAACUGAUGCCUGCGACCUUGGGAACACAAAAGAGAACAACAUCACGUCACUUGAAAUCAGUCCCAUGUGUUUUCUGUAUUUUCCUUUGUUAUUUCUGUGGUUGCCAGGUGAGACCUCAGUGACCGAGUGUUUCCCAGUCUGCUCAUCAAGUCUAUUUGAGGUCAUGUGCAACGUCUCUCUGGACAGUCCUCUAGUAUCUGACCAACUGAAAUCUGACCUCAAUCCGCUGGUCAUCAUGAUUUUGUCAGCCUCGUCAAUGCCUUCAUCCCCGGUGCCCUUCCAUGUCUUACAGGAGAUGUGCACGCCUGUCUAUUGCCAGUACAAGUUCCAUAACUUGAGCGUGCACAGAACAAACUAUCACGAGCACGCCAGUGACAUCUACUUCAGAGAUGUAAAUGUGAUCCUUACUGGCUUGAUGAGUCCUCAAGAGCUCCAACACUUUCUCGCCAGUCCACCUCUGCAGAUAGAAGUUCAUGAUCGUGACAGGAUGUUGGAGGAAAUGCCUGAAACACUUGCGCUGGGUACAGCGGGGUCAGAUGAAGACACGCAGAGCAAUGCAGCACUUUUACGACACAAAACAAUGGGCUUUAACUCCUAUGGCCUUGCAAACCUAAACCUGUCUGAGAUGCUACUUGGUAAGAAGAGUCUAACGGUGAACUUACCAAUCAAAUGUGGCCCUCCGCCUCCGAAGCUGGACAGGGAGAGAAGUGCGUUGAAGACGACAGAUGCAGCUGCUAGAAGAGAACCCAUGCCACAGGCCCAUUACUAUGAUGCCAAUUCCCAACUCAAAGUCAGAGUUGAGAUAGCUUGCCCACUGAAUUCUAAGGAUACUGGCAGUGAAUCCUACGACGGCUCGUUUGGUCGCAUCAUCUUCCUCUUUCAUCACAACAACGUCUCUGUUAUGACCAAGCUGAGAUCAGAGAUCCUCAGAAUCAAUGCAUUGGCCUUCAAUCUCCACUUCCUCUCACACAAAUACAUAGAGAGAGCUCUAUCGAAUAACAAAGGCCUAAUGAAUUUAAAGGGUAAUGAGAGCGAGGAUCUGGAUUUCGUUACAGGAUUCCAUGUGCGAGAUAAGAGGACACACAUCUUUGUUCUUGAAGGGCUGAAACACAAAGCAGUGAGGAGACUCUGGGAGGCUGUUCCGAUGAAGACAGAGUGUUUAAAUUCCAUUCAGUAUCCUGUGCUGUUUUGCAGGAUGAGAGGGAGUGAGGAGGAGCAGGUGAUCGUCCUCUACAACUCGGAUCUGGGUUUCUUUAAGCGCCUCUAUGACUCAUUAGAUGUGAGUCUGAGUCCCAUUUAUCUAUAUGAGUCACUACAGACCAUCAUUCAACAGCCCCUGAUCUACAUUAGAGACGUGGUACCCCAACGCUGCUUCCAGGCUUUGUCAAGGUUAAGCCAGUUGUGCAAAGCGAGGCAACUCAAAGAUGUGGUGCGGUACAAUCUCUUCCCCUCAGCUGACAUGAUUGUCAGCAUGAGCGAGGAAUGUGGCACAUCUGCUGAGCAGUGGGAGGAAAAAGCCAGAGCGCACACUGAGAUGGACUUACCCACUCCGUCUGUCAGGAUGAAAAGACAUGCGCCUGUCAACACACACAACAGAGAAUAUAUCCAAUGGAAACGCAACAGCCAGCAGAUGCCAUUCCAACCCUUCAGGGACUUCAUGCAGGAAAAUAUUCAAAAGGUGCAAGACCAAAGUGAGAAGCUGCAGAAGCCAAAGCCUGCUGCAUUGAUGGUGGAUUGGGCUACAAUCAGGCCAACACACAGCUACAGCAUCCAGACGUUCAACUUACAUGAUCGAGGCCGGGAGCUGCUACACAAAGAGAUGGCUAAGGUACCCGGGCGGAGGUUCACCUACAGUCAAGAGUACCUCAGUGCUACAGUAGAGCCUGGAGACGUGACUCCUAAAAAUGACUGCAGGGCUGCUUCUGUUUCCACUGUUUGGGUCACAGGUUUUAUCAGUGGCAGGUCCAGAGUGCACCCAAGACACCCAGAUGAGGCUCGUGUGGAAGAGCUAAGAAAGCCGUGGAGAGAGAACAUCCUUCAUGCGAACACACUGAAGCCCACGCUGUCACGGGACAUGUGGGUCUGUGGCAGGCGCAGUGAGGACUUUCAGCUCUACAGCAAACCUCCCCCUUUCUUCACCACAUCUCCUCUCACCAUUCACUUGGCUGGAGAGUCUCUGCAGCAGGAGCAGCUCGAAGCAGCCAGAGCUCGGUACAGGCGCUGGCUGAGGAAGCUGCUUCCUGGCAGCGGCACAGAGCGACCAGACAACGGCUCCAUCCCACAGUUC